GGAAAGUCAUUCAUCCACUCUUCCUCCAUUAAUAGAUCAUUCAAGGCACCCUUUAAAAUUAUGGAUACUCUUGAGGCACCCUUUAAAAUCAUGGACAGUCCCGAGGCACCCUUUACAAUUAUGGACAGUCCCGAGGCACCCUUUAAAAUUAUGGACAGUCCCGAGGCACCCUUUAAAAUUAUGGACAGUCCCGAGGCACCCUUUAAAAUUAUGGACAGUCCCGAGGCACCCUUUAAAAUUAUGGACUGUCCUGAGGCACCCUUUACAAUUAUGGACAGUCCCGAGGCACCCUUUACAAUUAUGGACACUCUUGAGGCACCCUUUAAAAUCAUGGACAGUCCCGAGGCACCCUUUACAAUUAUGGACAGUCCCGAGGCA